AGUUGGAUUCUGCGCUAUUGUUUGUAGGUUAUGUGAAAUAUCUAAAUAUAUUUUUGUAUAAAAAGUACGAUGCGGUUAAAAUACCGCAGUGCGUUAAUUUAUAAAAAAGACUAUUUAUAUUUUAUACCUCAAUUGCAUACUAUAUUAAUUUAGUUGUAUAUAAAAAAAUGUAAGAAUGAUCAAUUAAGUGAUGUAAUAAUGAUUUUUUUCUAAUUUAUAAAUAGAUAUUUUCUAUAAUCAUUUAGUGUUAAUUUAAAUGAGAACUAAUUAAGUUAUUAAAUAAUAUAUCAUGGCUGUGCAAAACAAAGUUUUAUAUGCUUUUCGUGGAUGGAUAGCAUUUGUGGCUUUUAUGGAUUUGGGAACGGCUGGCCGGUCGUAUAUUGAGGGAAGAUCGUUUCUGAGUAAUAGUGCUGAUACCGAACAUUAUGACGGUGAAUUCACAAUAUCUCGUAUGCUGGGCAUGUAUUCACUGUUGAAAGCAUUGGCGCUCAUUCACUGUACACUAUACAUACAUUAUAGGCCGGUGGUGUCAAUGGGUUAUUGGUCCCUGACACUUACAAUCAUCCUGUAUUUCAGCGAGGCCUUCUAUUAUCAUUCAACUGAUCUUAAUUUCUAUGUAGUGUUCCCCUGUAUAUUAAACAUUAUAACCCUUCUGGGACUUAUUUACUUGCCAAGUAAACUGAAGCUGUUUGGCAGCAUCCCUGGCACAUCAGGCAUGGACCGGGAAGUGGAAGAUGAGAAUACCCAAAUCCUCAGACAAAUGGGUAACUUCAGACGACGGAAACCGACCACCAAGAACAAACAUGUGUGAUGGUGUAUAAGAAACUGCCAAGGUAGAUUUUGUACAUGGUUAUCUGUACCUUUGUCUCACCUAUUUCAUUCCCCACGCAGUGUUGUAAGCUGUUUCGGUAUGUAGGGUGAGAUUUGGCAGUGAAUUUUCAGGGUACAACAUGACAGGUUAACGCGGGAAUGGCAGCGCAUGGUACACUAUCGUUGACAUUUACUAUAGCGCGCGCUUUGCUAUAUUUUACCAUUAAGGGGGUAAAAUAAAAGAGGGGAUGUAAAUUCGUUAUUUUUGAAGCUAAAACUAUGAAACUUUCUUUGGCUUUUGUGGGUUAGUCUAUGAAAUAUUUUUUCUUUAUUUGGUUAAUAUCACUAUUCCACGCGGACGAAGUCACAGGCACAGCUAUUAUUAAUGUAAAUACUUCUUUAUGAAUCUCUUUUUUAUAUUAUAAUUAAUUUGAUUUACAUAU